AGUUCUGAGAACCAUUCAGCAGGUUUAGAGCGGAAUGUCUCUGGCGGUCAAUUGCAGCAUUCUGCCAAUCUCGACAACAUAUUUCACGACCACUGUCAGCCAGCACAAUUUCCCAACUCCAUAACACUACCAGAAAUCAAAUACCAAAAUUAUCAGAACACACACGAACUAAGAAACUAGGUACAUGAUUGGCGAUCUUGAGCCUGACCUCAUAAGAGUCAAAAAAACCCCCCAAAUGGUACAAAAUCUUUUCAGGUCUCUCAGACAAUGCAACCACUUAUCCAGGACUCUCCAUUUUCGACAUUUUGACACUCAUCAUCCACCCCCACGUCAUCACCCAACCGUCCCCCAACUGCUGGCAGCCAAGGGAACAGUAGGCGAGAAUGACAAGCGGGGAGCCUGUGAGCUUGACAUCGUCGUUGAAAUUGAGCAAUCUAGGAUUUCGGAGCACACACGCAUAUCUCUCCCCUCUUUUACACUUCAUGUAUUAGCCAAAAGAAAAAAAAAGCAAAGAACCAAAAAAAAAAGUUCUCACUUAUGUAUACAAUGGGUCUCAGGAACCCUUUUUUUCUCUGUUAAACAAGAUCGUCAUGGUAACCUCACUGUUGACGUGGAGUUUUGUUCUAUUGAGUGAGUGCAUUGGUGAGUGGGUGUGCUGAUCAAUGGUUGUCGUUGACACUGUGUCAUGUUAUGU